GAUUGGCGCCGCCUGAGGCCAGAAACGGAGUAACUGGACUCCGGACGGCGGGUCGCAGUCCCCGAGCCCGAGGGACUGGCGUCGGCGCUGGGCACAAAGUCCAGGGGGGAAGCUUGACGGAGACGCGCACACCAUGCCCUACCUGCUCAUCAGCACCCAGAUCCGCAUGGAGGUGGGCCCCACCAUGGUGGGCGAUGAGCACUCAGAUCCAGAACUGAUGCAGCAUCUGGGGGCCUCAAAAAGAAACGUCCUGGGAAACAACUUUUCUGAGUACUACGUCAAUGACCCUCCUCGAAUAGUUCUGGACAAGCUGGAACGCAGGGGCUUCCGUGUGCUGAGCAUGACAGGGGUGGGCCAGACACUGGUGUGGUGCCUGCACAAAGAGUGACCCUCCCACACUGAGGAGCAGCAGGCACCCCUUCUUUGGAGUGGUUGCUAUGGGCCCUGACCCCAAGCCCCUGUCUUACUCACUGUGCUGUCCCUUCUUCCCAAGUCGUCUCUUUCCUCGGCCCAGCACCACUGGGCAGUGAAUGGACUUCUCAAAACCUUCGUCAUUCAGUGGAGGGCAGGGUCCAUGGCCCUGGUGCUUCUACCUGCUCCUCCAGCUUCAGGCCUAGCACGGCCCCAGAGGAGGCCAUGUUCCUGAGGGGCUGGCAAGAGCCAGGCUGCCCCUGGGUGGGAGCUGGGUGCCCCCACGAGCAUGGCUCCAGGACAAGGUGGGUGGGUCCUUCGUAGCUAGUCCAAGCCAAUAAAGGGCUGUGAUGAGUGGUUA